AUGGCAAAUAUCCAAAAUAUUGUAAUAAAAGAAGAAUUUGAUGUAAUCAAUGAUUAUGAAUUUCAUAGUAUUAUUACUAUAGAAAAUGAUCCCAUGGAAUCAUUUUUGUAUGAAAAUCCAAAACUUAGAAAAAAUAAAUGGCAUAUGGAAAUGCACACUGGAAGAAAAGUUAACAGUGAAAACUAUCCUCUACAGUGAGUAUCUCUAAAUUCUUUUUCAUAAUUUCUAUUUAAAUAAAAUAUAUCCAAUUUAAUCUUAAAUGUUGUCAUUCAAUAUUGCACAUGUUUUAUACCCACUAUAUAAUUGAUAACAAAAAUUUAUUUUUUUAUUUAUUACAUACAUUCUAUAUUUAUUUGAAGUUUACUACAUUUUGUAUUAUUUUGAAAGGGUCAACUUGAUUGGAAAUUCACCUAACUAUCCUUUAAAAUAUAUGAUGUAGUUACAGAGAGAAUCCUAUAAAGAAGGUAUACAAAUAUAAUGAAAAAUGAAUUGUUUUAAAAAUGUUAGACUAUAAAUAAGACAAAUUUAUCUAUUUUUACAUAUAUUCAUCAUUCAAAUUUAUGCAUUUUUCCCAAGUAUAAAGUAACUUGAAAAUACUAUAUUGUCAUUACAUUGAAAAUUUUUUCGUUUUAUAUUUUAUGUAUUGAUUAUAUUUAAGGUUAUUUAUAUUUUUUCUAAUGGAGAAUAGCGAUUGGGUGUGGUGAAAACUAAUUUUGUUUCAUUGUAUGGAGAACUGUGUGCUUUCCUAGAUAUUCACGAUGAAAUAAACUCUUUGUUGGAGUUUUGCAGUUGAGCAUUGGAGAAAGAAAGUGCAAAUCACUUUAAUCUGAGAGAAGUCUGUUUUUUAUGACAACUCAAAAAACUUAAUAGUUUAUUUUAAUUUUUGAUUGAGUUGUAUUUGUGUUUGUUUUUGUAUUAGUGUUCAUUUCAAACUUGAAAAUUUUAUCUAUGAUAUAUGUUACACAUCAAAGUAUGAAAGUAUUCAGUAAUAUGAUCUCAACUUGCACAAUCCUUACAACAAUUUAAUUUCUCAUGGACAAUCUAAUGCACAAUAGUUUUUUAGAAGUUUAAGUUGUAUGACCAUUUCCUGAACAUUAAGUUGUCUAAUCUGACCUGCACUUCUUGUAUCAUCCAAUUUUUUCUUGAAAAUAAUUAAAUUUUGUUCAUCAAACCUUUCCAAUUUUUCGAGAUAUUUGUUUGGGUUANAAUAUUGCACCUGUUUUAUACCCACUAUAUAAUUGAUAACAAAAAUUAAUUUUUUUUAAUUACAUAUAUUCUAUAUUUAUUUGAAGUUUACUACAUUUUGUAUUAUUUUGAAAGGGUCAACUUGAUUAGAAAUUCACCUAACUAUCCUUUAAAAUAUAUGAUGUUGUUACACAGAGAAUCCUAUAAAGAAGGUAUACAAAUAUAAUGAAAAAUUAAUUAUUUUAAAAAUGUUAGACUAUAAAUAAGACAAAUUUAUCUAUUUUUACAUAUAGUCAUCAUUCAAAUUUAUGCAUUUUUCCCAAGUAUAGAGUAACUUGAAAAUACUAUCUUGCCAUUACAGUUUAUGCACCGGCUCUAUGAUUAUUAUGCAAUUUUUUUUGUUUAACUUAAAAAUGUAUUGUGCUCUAGGAUUAUUAGCCAGUACCAUUGCCAAUAGAGAAGUGGGUGCUUUAUUUUUAUUUUUUGACUUGCAUAAAUUUUGCAGAACAUAUUAGGUUAUUUGGCUCGUCUAUGACAUUUUCAUUAAUCGAGAAAGGUAGAUUUCUUAUAAUUGCAGUAAUAUCUAUUAGAUUCUGAGUAGAGGAAACAAGUUUAUGGUUUUACAAAGAUUUUUUUUUUAUGCAACUUUUCUCUCAGAAAUCUUCCUUCGAUUUUUAAUUGUAGCACAUUUUCAAAAAGGAAAUCAAAUUGAAGAGGUACUCUCAGGAAGACAUUUUUGGAUUUUUUAAAGAGAUUCCCAUCAAAUCUGAAAAACUGAAAAAAAUUAUUUCUGUCUUUUUUUCCCUGUGAACAAUUUUUCUACAAAGCAUUUUCGCUCUGAUUUACAAUGCUAGCACUUUUUCUGAAAGGUAAUCUGACUGGGAAGGUAUCUUAAGGAGGCCAUUUUUCGAUUUUUUGAGAAUUUUCCCAGUAAAUGUGAAAAACCGGGAGAAAAACACAGUAAAAUUGGUACAAAUAUAUUUAAAAUAAAUAUAAAAAAGACAAAGCAUCAACUGAACUCUGCUCAGAAUCAUUUUUUUGUUAACUAUGGUUUAUCCUUGCUUACAGUUAUAUAUUAAAUAACCUAUAACAGUGGCUGUACCUGUCCCAAUUAUCCUUGGACAGCUUUUUUUUCUUUUAAUUUAUAAGUGUAAUAAUCAUAUUUCGGUUAGUAACAGAAGUAAUGUAUUUGAUUGUAUAUUGAUUUUUAUAUUGUGUACUUUAGCUGUGAUAGAAAAGUUAUUUUGAAAAAAUUUGGAUUCAUUUGACAGAAUUAUGAAUUUCAGAUAUUUAUUACAAAUAAUGGAUGUAUUUUGGAUAGUUAUCAGUUGUUUGAACGUGUAUAAUGAAAAUGUUUUCGUUUUAUAUUUAUAUUUUAUGUAUUGAUUAUAUUUAAGGUUAUUUAUAUUUUAUCUGUUUCUAUUUUGUCUAAUGAAGAAUAUCGAUUGGGUGUGGUGAAAACUAAUUUUGUUUCAUUGUUUGGAGAACUGUGUGCUUUCCUAGAUAUUCACAAUGAAAUAAACUCUUUGUUGGAGUUUUGCAGUUGAGCAGUGGACAAAGAAAGUUCAAAUCACUUUAAUCUGAGAGAAGUCUGUUUUUUAUGACAACUCAAAAAACUUAAAAGUUUAUUUUGAUUUUUGAUUGAGUUGUAUUUGUGUUUGUGUUUGUAUUAGGGUUCAUUUCAAACUUGAAAAUUUUAUCUAUGAUAUAUAUUACACAUCAAAGUAUGAAAGUACUCAGUAAUAUGAUCUCAACUUGCAUAAUCCUUACAACAAUUUAAUUUCUCAUGGACAAUCUAAUGCACAAUAUGGCCAUUUCCUGAACAUUAAGUUGUCUAAUCUGACCUGCACUUCUUGUAUCAUCCAAUUUUUUCUUGAAAAUAAUUAAAUUUUGUUCACCAAACCUUUCCAAUUUUUCGAGACAUUUGUUUGGGUUAUAAACAUCAAUCAAUUAUUGAUCAAUUUCAGUUGAAGGAUAGUUUGAAAAUUAAAAAAAUGAUUGAUGGUGCUGGUUUUUUCUUUUGUGUAACUUAAAAUUGAUUUUUAAGUUUUCUGUUAAAUAGCUGACAAAACAAUAAACUAUAAUAUUCAAAAUAUAUGGACUACCUAGUUUAUUUCCAAACUUAUUAAUGUUGGGAUUAUAGAUUCUCAUUUUAAUAUCUGAUAUAUUAAGUGUAGGGUAUUUAAUAUAAAUUCAAUUUUAAAACUUUUCAGAAUUUUGAGUACCUCUGAAGAAGAACCGAGUACACAAACAGAAGAAAUACAAAAAGAAAUGUUGCAAUGUCCCGUGUAAAUACUGGAGAGAAACCAUUUAAAUGUGAUGUUUGUAAAAAAUUAUUUACUCUAUUGUCUACUCUAAAGCAACACAAGUUAAUUCAUACUGGAGAAAAACCAUUUAAAUGUAAUUUUUGUGAAAAAUCGUUUAGACAUAAAUCAUCUUUGCUGAAACACAUAAGAAUUCAUACUGGUGAAAAACCAUAUGAAUGUCUCGAAUGUGGUAUUUCAUUUACACAAUCAUCUAAUUUAGAGCAGCACAUGUUGAUUCAUACGGGAGAAAAAAAAUUUAAAUGUGAUGUUUGUGAAAAACCAUUUACACAAUUAUCUAAUUUAAAAAAACACAAGUUGAUUCAUACCGGAGAGAAACCCUUCAAAUGUAAUUUUUGUCAAAAAUUGUAUAGACAGAAAUCAACUUUGCUGGUACACAUAAGGGUUCAUACUGGUAUAAUGCCAUUUAGAUGUGAUGUUUGUCAAUUAG